AACCAUACCGCGGCGUCAGUGUCCAAAAGCAGUCAAAUGCUGCGCACGCACAACCUAUUGGUGUCUUCAGUCAAUGGAACCUGCCUAAUCCAUCACACGAAAAAAACUAGAUUGGAAGAUUAUCAAUUUACUCCGUUAGUUGUGCGGCGAGACCCGGAAACAUUGUUUUAUUAUUUUGUCACAUGGUUGAGAGAUUUCAAUAACAACAAAAAAUGGCGACAAUCACGUUGUUCGAUGUGGGUCUUGCUGCGUCAUUAAAACUAUUCAAGUAAACACGGGAAUGAAACGCGCAAAAUGCAAAGUCUGGAUGCCAAGUCCGGGGGUGAUGGAGCUGGGUAGGCAACUGUGUGGGAAGAUGAGGAGGUCGAGGAGAGCCGAGGGCCCCGUCACUGUGCCCAUGAGGGGUCUGGAGAUCCAUUUUUACCUGCCAGAUAUGCCGCAGCUGGGAUUCCUCAAAGGCAGCUUCACCGCUGAGGAACUGUGUGUCAAGGCCGCCACAAUAUGCUACAUCUCCCCCCUGUGCCAUAAUCUGUUUGGUCUGUGCGAUGAGAGCAGGACUCUGUGGUACGCUCCCAACCACCUCUUCAAGAUCACGGACGAGACCUGCAUCAAGCUGCACUACCGCAUGAGGUUUUACUUCACUAACUGGCAUGGGACCAGUGAGAGUGAGUCUCCGGUGUGGAGACAUUGUAUCAGUAAACUGAGAGGAGGACUCAGCCCACAGAAGAUCCCAGAGGGUACACCCUUACUGGACUCUGCCUCCCUCGACUACUUGUUCUUCCAGGGCCAGAAUGAUUUCCAGAAGGGUCUGGCUGUGGUGCGUAGCCAGCAGAGUGAGGCGGAGCAGCAUGAGAUAGAGAAUGAGUGUCUGGGCAUGGCUGUACUGGCCAUCACUCACUACGCUAUGACCAAAGAAAUACCUCUCUCUACUGCUUCCAAUGAGAUCAGCUACAAACGUUUUAUCCCGGAGAACCUGAACCGGAGCAUUAAGCAGCGCAACAUCCUCACCCGGCUCCGCAUCAACAACGUCUUCAAGAACUUCCUGAAUGAGUUCAACAGUCGCACCAUGCAGGACAGCAACAUCACGCUGUACGACCUGAAGAUCAAGUACCUGUCCACCCUGGAAGGCCUCACCCGGGGCCUGGGGAGGGAGGUGUUGGAGCCCAGGGCCCUGGUACUUACCCAGGAGGGAGAGACAAACGGGGGGCUGAGCCAUGGACCUGAGUCCUCCCUGGCCAUAGAGGUCCAGGUUACUGGGACCACAGGGAUCUCCUACAGGAGGAAGCCCCCUAAUAAUAGCCUGAUGCUGAAAGAGAAGACAAAGUCCAAGAAGAACAAGCUUGAGAGCAAACAGAAGAAGGAGAAGAGCGACGCCAGCGAAGACUGGGUGACGUUCUGUGACUUUCACGAGAUCACACACAUCGUUAUCAAAGAGUCCUCUGUCACCAUCUUCAGACAGGAUAACAAGAAGAUGGAGGUGCAGCUGGAGUUUAGAGGCGAGGCGCUGGCGUUCGCUGCUCUGGUGGACGGGUAUUUCCGUCUGACGGUGGAUGCCCAUCACUUCCUGUGUACAGAGGUGGCUCCUUCUUCUGUGGUGCAGAACCUACAGAACUGCUGUCAUGGACCUAUCUGUACGGAGUAUGCCAUCCAGAAGCUUCGUCAGGAGGGCAACGAGGAGGGAACCUACGUCCUGCGCUGGUCCUGUACUGACUACCGUAACAUCAUCAUGACCGUGGUCUGCAAAGAGUUGGAUCUGUGUGAGUCAAGGCAGGUGCAUUUGUAUAAGAACUUCCAGAUCGAGGUGGGUUCUGAGGGAUUCCGUCUGUUUGGGACCGAGACCUACAGAUCUUCUCUCAGAGAGCUCCUAGACCACCUGGCAAGACAGAACCUCCGUACAGACAACCUUCACUUCCAGCUCAAACGCUGCUGUCCCCCACAGCCCAGAGAGGUGUCCAACCUGCUGGUAGUAACUAAGGAACGAGUGCUGGUCCCCCAGACACCCCUGCAGGAGAGCCAACUCAGCUUCCACAGGAUCCUCAAGGAGGAGAUCUUACAGGGAGAGCACCUGGGGCUGGGUACCCGGACGAACAUCUAUGCUGGAGUACUGAAGGUGAAGAGUGCGGAGGAUGAGGAUGCUGGAUACUCUUCCUCCCAGGACGUCAAAGUAGUGCUGAAGGUGCUGGGGUCCGGACACAGGGACAUCUCUCUGGCCUUCUUUGAGACAGCCAGUAUGAUGCGGCAGGUCUCCCAUAAGCACAUCGCCCUGCUCUAUGGAGUCUGUGUACGGCACCUGGAGAAUAUCAUGGUGGAGGAGUUUGUCCAGUUCGGUCCGUUGGAUCUGCUCAUGCGAAGACAACACAGUCCUCUCGGUACACCAUGGAAGUUCCAGGUGGCCAAACAACUGGCCAGUGCUCUCAGCUACCUGGAGGAUAAGAAGCUGGUGCAUGGCUUUGUGUGUACCAAGAACAUCCUGCUGGCCAGAGACGGAGUGGACAGUGAGGGAGGACCUUUCAUCAAGCUCAGCGACCCCGGCAUACCCAUCACGGUGUUGACCAGAGAGGAGUGUGUGGACCGGAUCCCAUGGAUCGCUCCAGAGUGUGUGAAGGACUCUACCAGCCUGACUGUAGCGGCCGAUAAGUGGGGCUUCGGCACAACACUGUGGGAGAUCUGCUAUGACGGAGAAGUGCCCCUCAAAGACAAGAAACUCACUGAGAAGGAGAGGUUCUAUGCAGCGGAGUGCCAGUUGGCUACCCCAGACUGCAAAGAGCUGGCUGAACUGAUGACUCACUGCAUGACCUACGACCCCCACAAACGCCCCUUCUUCAGGGCCAUUGUCAGAGACAUAGACACGCUGGAGGAGCAGAACCCCUCUAUCAAGCCGGCGCCCACUCAGGAGGUCGACCCCACUCUGUUCCAGAAGAGGUUCCUCAAGAGGAUCCGUGAUUUGGGGGAGGGUCACUUUGGCAAGGUGGAGCUGUGUCGGUAUGACCCCAGAGGGGACCGGACAGGGGAGCUGGUAGCAGUGAAGAGUCUCAAACCAGAGAACAGGGAGGAGCAGAGCAACAACCUUUGGAGUGAGAUAGGAAUCCUUAAAGAACUCUACCACGAGAACAUCGUCAAGUACAAGGGCAUCUGCCAGGAGGAGGGAGGCAGAGCCAUCAAGUUGAUCAUGGAGUACCUGCCUGCUGGCAGUCUGAAGGAGUACCUGCCCCAUAACAGAGGACAGACCAGCCUGAAGACCCUGCUUAGCUACGCUGUGCAGAUCUGUCAGGGAAUGGACUAUCUGGGAUCUCGGAAUUACAUCCACCGGGACCUGGCAGCCCGGAAUGUUCUGGUGGAGAACGAGAGCACGGUGAAGAUUGGAGACUUCGGCCUGACCAAGAGCAUCAAGGGCAACGCGGGAUAUUACACAGUCAAAGAUGACCUGGAAAGCCCUGUGUACUGGUAUGCCCCUGAGUGUUUGGUCCACUGUAAGUUCUACCUGGCCUCUGAUGUCUGGUCCUUCGGUGUCACCAUGUACGAGCUGCUCACCUACUGUGAGAACGCCAUCAGCCCCAUGCCGGUGUUUCUGAAGAUUAUUGGUCCUACUCGGGGCCAGAUGACAGUGACGCGAUUGGUCAAGGUGCUGGAGGAGGGGAAGAGGCUGCCCUGUCCUGAUAGUUGUCCUGGAACGGUGUAUGAGCUGAUGAGGAAGUGCUGGGAGAACACCCCCGCGAUGAGGAUCACUUUCAAGAGUCUCAUUGACGAGUUCACCCGCAUGCUCAACAACAGCCUGUAAAACAUGGCAGCCACUGACACGCCUUACCUAUCACACAGACAAUCUCAGGAGUAAAGAGUGAAAGGUCAAGGGUCACAUUGACGAGUUCACCCGCAUGCUCAACAGCAGCUUGUAAAACAUGGCAGCCACUGACACGCCUUACCUAUCACACAGACAAUCUCAGGAGUAAAGAGUGAAAGGUCAAGGGUCACAGACCAUGGUGACCUGGACUAAAAACCCACAUGUAUCGGAAUCAGUGCUACAAGACACUUUAUUUCACACUGUCGCUGACUUCCUCUAUAUUUUCACUUUUUGUUUUUUUGAAGACGCUCUACUAUAGAUCACAUGAUAUAUAUGGAUGAAUGGAUACAUUGCGUAUAGAAUGAAACACUUCCCAACACGUAGCUUUGACCCCUCACUGUGGACACUGACCCUAGUCACGUUGACAGAUGAAUGAGCCCACUAGCCAACCACUGAGCUGUCCGUCGGCUGAUAUGCCACUUGGGAGCUACCGCAGUGUGACCUUUCACCUUUUUAUUAGAGCGCAUCAGCUCCGCCUUUUUCAUAUUGCUACAUGCAGUAUGUACUCUGUGUGUGGACUUGUAUCAUAAUCAUUAAACCCAGAGGGAGAGGGGUCCUUCGUUGGACCUGUGUAAAGAUGGACCUUUUCUCUGUGAAGGAUCAUGGUAUAUGUGAGCUCCUUUGUGAGGGAUUGCUGCGGCCACUGUGAAGAUGACACUGUGAAAAAGCCAACCACAUGUAUUUAAGUGACCAGGAUUCUGACAUUCACACCCUGCCCCAUCAGACCAGGGACUGCAUGGAUCCAAGCCACCUCUCUGGGAGUGGUGAAAGAGGAGUGGGAUACAGUAUACUGUAGCAGUGGGUUGGAUUGCAUUAGGGAGAAUGGAUGGGUGAUGACAGUAUCAGUCAAGCCCAGACAGCUGCACCUCCCCUUUUUAAGACUGAAUCUGUUGCAGCUCCUCUUUAAACGCAGAACCCUGGAUGGAAUACUGUAGAACCACCUCGGAACUAGAACCAGCCGAAUAACUUUCUCUCUGGCGUUUCUUUCAUCAUGCGAUGUUCCACGUUCUGUUGUCAACGCUCGUGCACGUAACGCUUGUGGUGGGGUCAGCAUGAAAGAAGAGCCUAUAAACAAUCUGAUUUGAGACCAGUAAAACCACAGAAAUAGAAUUAGUGGAACAUGUUAUAGCUGUGAGGGGACACCUGAGGGCAGUAUAGUGUUACAUAUUUUAAUCCCAAACUUUUCUGUACUCGGCUCAGAUUUCUAAACAGCUUAAGUAUAGCCAUAAUGUGUAUGUCAGAUAUUGCAUGUCUUUUAUUGAAAUGAUUAUUUUUUUUAAUUCUACAGAAUGACAGAUUGUGUGUGUGGGUGUGUGGAUGGAUGGACAGAAGGAAGGAGACAAAAGAGAAACAUGCUGACUGCACCGGGAACGCGUGUGUGUGUGUGUGUGCCAUUGUUUAUUUUUGUCCAGCCGCAGGUUGGAAUAUCAAAACGAACUCUGAACCAACUAUAUUCAUUUAGGGACAGGUCGAAACACAUGACCAUUUAGCUAGUUAGCUUGCUGGGAUAUAAAAAUUAGGUUGUUAUUUUACUGAAAUGCACAAGGUCCUUUUUCCCCCUGGAUCUUUGUAGAAUUUUGACCCAUUUUGAGUCACACAAAAUCGUGUGUUCUCUACUCUGACAAUUCAUCCACAGAUAAAAUGGGACAUUUUGUUUGUUUCUGGUAA